AUGUUUGCUUUUGGCCUAAAAACACUCGCCUUCUCGAUCCUCCUCCCAAACCCCCUCAACCCCAAAUCCACCCCACGCCGCCAACGCCUCUCCAUCACCACCCUCGUCUUCGCCGCCGUAAUUUUCCGCUCCGAAGUCGCCCUCCUCCUCUUCACCACCGUCCUCCACCAGCUCCUCCAACCCACCCUCUCCCUCUCCCGCGCCAUCCGCCCCUUCACCAUCUCCAUCCUCGCCGCGCUCACCAUCUCCCUCCCCAUCGACACCUACUUCUGGCAGCACCGCGGGCCCUUACCCCUCUGGCCCGAACUCACCGGCUUCCUCUACAACGUCAUCCACGGCGGCGCCUCCGCCUGGGGCACCGCCCCCUGGCACUGGUACUUCACCUCGGCCCUGCCCCGCCUGCUCCUCAACCCGGCCACGCCCCUCCUCCUCCUCCCCCUCGCCCUCACCCACCCAGCCCUCCGCCGCGCCGCCCGCCCCCUUACCCUGCCCACAACCCUCUUCAUCGCCAUCUACUCCUGCCAGCCCCACAAGGAAACCCGCUUCAUCCUGUACGCCGCGCCCCCGCUCACCGCCGCGGCCGCCCUCGCCGCCGCGCACCUCUUUCGUCGCCGCACGGGCAAGGGCCUGGUCCCGGCGCUGCUGGCGGCGGGGUUGUUGCUCUCGGUGGUGGCGUCGUGGGCCGCGAGCUCGGCGAUGCUGGCCGUGUCGGCGCUGAAUUACCCGGGCGGGGAGGCCCUUGCUUAUGUGCGCGGUGUUGCCGGUGGUGGUACUGGUGGGGGUGCGGUGGUGCCGGUGCAUGCGGAUGUGCUGGCGUGCAUGACGGGGGUGACGCUGUUUGGGACGGGGACGCGGACGGGGUCGGGGGCAGGGAGUGGAAAGGGGAGUGGGAUUGUCAAGGUCAAGCAGCAGGACCAGGGCCAGGACGGGGUGCGGAUUGUGGUGGACAAGACGGAGGACGACGCCGUGUUGGCGAGCGCCGAUUUCUGGAGCCGGUUCGAUUACGUGCUGGUAGAGGACCGGAGCAAGGUUGUUGGCGGGGAGUGGGAAACCGUCGGGGUGGUCAAGGGGUAUGGAGGGAUUGAGGUUGUCAAGCGGGGGAGUGGGCGGGGUGAUGAUAGAACCGAGAAAGGAGCGCCGCGGGUCGUGGGCCUGGGAGAGACAGUUGCUCUUUGGAAGAGGACGGUUAGGGAUUUGACCGGAGGAUGGUGGAUUGGUCCGAGAAUGGUGGAGAGGAUAUUUAUCCUGAGGAGGGUCAAGGAGGCACCGACAACGCAGGCGGUCGUCGAGGCGAACUAG